GCCGUUCUCCACGGACAGCGAAGCCUCCGGGAAGUUUUGGCUUGAGCGUCUGGUGAGGAACCUCCGUUUGUCAAGGGUGACCUCUUCCUCAACCUGCUUGCAGUACUACCUGUGGUCCCCACUACAGUCAUCAUGCCUCGUGGCCAGAAGAGCAAGCUGCGUGCCCGUGAGAAGCGCCGCCAGGCCCGUGCUAAAAUUGCACUGGAGGAACAAGCCUCUGCAGGUCCUUUCUAUGAGUGUCCACAUCAGGAUAUUCCUGUUGCCGGUAUGCCUACACCUCCCAACAUGCCAAUGGAAGAUCAUUCUACCUUUUCAGCCACAUAUACAAGUACAGCUGCCGAAAACCUUGUUGAGGAAAGUUCAGAUGACUCUGACUCUGACUCUGAGGACUGGUGUAAAAAUCCUAUAAACCACAAAGUCGUCUUACUGGUACAGUUCCUGAUAGAGAAGUAUCAAAAGAAAGAGGUUGUUACAAAGGCAGAUAUGCUGAAGUAUGUUAUCAAAACAUCUAAGGACCACUUCAAUGAGAUCCUAAAGAGAGCCUCAGAUCACAUGGAACUGGCAUUUGGUGUUGAUCUGAAGGAAAUAGAUCCAAACAAGCACUGCUAUGCUCUUUUUAACAAACUAGAGCAUACCUUUGAUGAAGUGAUAGGUGAAGAAAAAAUGCCCAAUAGUGGCCUCCUAAUGAUAGUGCUGGGUGUGAUACUCAUGAAAGAUGACCAUGCUCCUGAAUGGGAGAUCUGGAAUGUGCUGAAUAUGAUGGGCGUAUAUGCUAACAGAAAGCACUUCAUCUAUGGAGAUCCUAAGAAGGUCAUCACUGAAGAUAUGGUACAGCUAAAGUACUUGGAGUACCAGCAAGUGCCCAACAGCAAUCCUCCAUCCUUUGAAUUCAUGUGGGGUCCAAAAGCCCAUGCUGAAAUCGGCAAGAUGAGAAUCUUGGAGUUUUGGGCCAAGAUCCAUGAUACUACACCAGAUUCCUUCAAAACCUUGUAUGAAGCAGCUCUGAAAGAUGAAGAAGAAAGAGCUCAAGCCAGGGCUUCAACCAGGGUUCGCACUGCUGCGAUGGCCACUUCAUAUUCAAAAGCCAUGAUGCCCAGCUCGUCCAAUGCUAAGUAAUAUCUAAGGCUAUUUCUUCACUGUAAAGGUUACACAUCAAAGUUUGAAGUAUGAGGAAGAUUUUCUUUGUGGAAGUUAAGGACAAUGGACAAUUUAAGUAGACUGACACUCUAGAAAGAGCACACUGAAUAUCAUUGUUGCAUUCUUCUGCCAUAUUUAAGUUUCAUCUCACUAUUUUGUGUUAGAUUUCAGAUGUUUCUUUUAAAAUUUUCAAUACUUUUAAAUGUAAAAUAAGUAAUGCAUUUGCUUAUACAUUUAUUGCAUGAAGCUGUUGGGAGCAAGAGUUACUUUUCUUUAGGGGUAGACCACUGGUGUAUUCUCCAUGUCCCAGUGGAUGAACCUACACCUGGGCCCAUAUGGAUAGCACUAACUGGACUUAACUUUUUAUAGAAAUGUAUAAGAAGAAAGGGAGAGCUGUACAUCAGUUUGAAUUUACCAGUUUGUUCAAUAUAGUGUUUUGUUGGCUCAGUGAGUAAAAACUGGGUCAAAAUAUAGUCAAUGUUAAAUAACAUUGAGAUAGCAUAAAUGGAAAAAGAAAAAUGAGAAGAUACUUGGUUCUUAGUUUUCUGUAUUUCACUUCAUUGUAUACAAAUAAAAUGUAUGUACUUUGAUUUGUUUAAGUAAGGAAUUAAGGUGAUAAUAAAGUUUUUAAGUUGU